AUGGGAAUAAGUCAAAAAAGUCACAGCAAACAAUCGGACAAGGAAACACAAUCGCCUAUACUAAAAGUUUUCAAAGACAUCAUGCAAAGAGAGAAUAACGACACUGAAAAGGCAAAUUUAAUAAAGAAAGAGAAACAAGAUAAAAGAAAGAGGAAGACCUAUUCUGGCUCGCAUCAGAAAUGUGAUAGGAGAUCCUGUGAAUCAAGCAGCACCGACAGGUACAAGCGUAGCCAAGAAACCAAGAUGGCGGUGCAAGAGCUUCAGCAACAAUUAUAUAAGGAUCAAUACCAAGAGACGCAGCGCACACCAUAUCAUAGCGAGAAGAAAGAUAGCUGGUGGUUUUGGAAAGAGCCACAAAAGAAGAAGAAGUCGGAUGAUACUUAUUCAUGUGUAUCAUGCGCAUUAAAAAAAAUUAUCAGCUCAGAAUACGUGUGUAUUGCGUGCCUCGUGCUGGUGUUCACGUUGUCCAUAGUGGCGGCAUUCUUCGUGGUGUUCAGAAACGCAACGACACCAGGAUGUAUUGCGGAGGAGACACAAAGCCAGAGUAGCGAGACUGCGAAGAAGAGCGACUUAAUGAAAGCGAGGAGACAGUUUCGAAGCGAAGGCGCUAACUUUAACGGAAAACUCUGGGACGACACGGUCACCAAUCCUUGGAGAAGUCUACCAGGGUUAUCGGUAGGAGCAGACUUUGGCGACUCAAAUUUACGAGAUUCGAACUAUCCUGAUGAAUCCGGAAGUAGACUCUCUGGAACAUUGUCCCAUAUUCUAGAUCCAGAAAAAAUGACCGAUAGUCAAACGAGCGAAAAACUACGUGACUUCUAUAAUAGACUCAUUCAAACAGAUGCUCGCAUCAAAAAAUUAAAAAAAGAAACGGAAGAAUCAAAUGUUUACAGCUCUGCUGGUGACAUUAGUAUGAAACCUAUUUCAGACAAGUACAAACGGUCAUUGAUGUCGAUAAACAGUCCAUCCUAUAGUCCUCCGCAAAGACGAGAAUCUGGCUAUAGUGAUAUCAUAGAUUUAAGUAAAUUUAAUUUGUAUUACCCACCGUUUGCUGCCGUGAGGGAAUACAAUGAACCAAGCCGCACACCAACAAGAAUUAAAAGAGCAAAAGGAGAAAUAUAUGACGAUGAGCCUUCUGGAAUUGUCAUAGAAAAGAAAAAGGUCAUGGUUCAAUAUGGUCCACUUGACCGAAAACGAAAUUUUCCUAAAUGCUCGCAUACUCCAAAAGAGUCAAAAUCGCACGAAAAGCAACUAAAGCAUCCAUUCUACAAGAGUUCGCAGCGAUUGGAUGAACUUUUGGAUCAACUGCUGGAGAAAAACAUGGAUAAGAUCAUAGCAAACCCUUUUGAGUUAGACGUUUUAGUGAGUAAUAGAGACAAAUGCAAACAUCCUAAACAAGAGGAAACAAUUAAUACCAAAAAUAAACAAGAGGAAGCUAUUACUACCAAAAAUAAACAAGAGGAAGCUAUUACUACCAAAAAUAAACAGGAGGAAGCUAUUACUACCAAAAAUAAACCAAAGGAAGAAAUUACUACCAAAAAUAAACAAGAAGUGCAAAAAAAGGUUUCUGCUAGAGCAACCAAGACACCAGUCUUUGAAACUAAUACGAUGUCCGCAGAAUUUAAGAGAAUGAGCAUUGGUUCCGAUUCAAAGUCAGGUUUGAUUGACAAAGAACCACAGUAUAAAGAUGAAUAUAAAGAGGGCUAUGGAUAUUCAUUACUAUCAACAACCCCACUCUACGAUAUUGUCCUAAGUGUAUCAACAUUAAUAAAUUCUGAAAGCACCGAAAGCAUAAACGUUUUAACGGAUAACGCGGAGAUACAUCAAAGCAAGCGUAAACUUCUUCAGUUCAAUGAAGAAGAUGAUGACAAUCUUGGGUACGAGGACUUCAAAGAAGUCUUAUCUGAUUAUAUGGACACUCAUGACGAGACAGAUAAACAAGUUGAAAGAGACAGAAGAUCGGACAAAUUAGUAAUACCGAAUGAACAAAAGUCUAGUGAAAAAGAUAUACCAUCUAUUCAUAAUCCAAACUGGAAAGGUCCAAUGCCCUUAUACCCUGAUGAAUUAAAUUUAAUAAAACACGCCGUCGUGCAAAAUCCUAAGAAUGAAAUUUCUGAAGACGUAAAAGAAAUGUUAGCUCAAAAAGACAAACUCGAUAGUCAAAUUACUGAUAAGGAAUACAUAGAAGAUUAUUUUAACAAUAAAUAUGAUAAGUUAGCGCAAGCAUAUAGUGAUUAUGGGGUAUUAGCGGAGAAAAAGGAAUCUGUUACAAAUGAAAAGAAUUUAGCUACAGAGAGUAAAGUACUUGAUCACAAAAUGGUAGCAAUUCCAGGAAAAGAUGAAAUUAUCAAAAACUUAUCCUUUAAAGGAAAAAAUAACGCAAAAUUGCGUAGGUAUUAA